GUGGUGAAUGUAGGCGAAUCUUCAGUAGCCGAAUAUUAUUUGAUCUGAAAUUUUCUCAGAUAAGACGAUCAAGUUGUUGAGCCUCAGCCCUCAGGUGGAUCGGAUUGAGUGCAGGAGCAGAGAGAUGAAGGGUUUGGUCGCAUACUUGGUGGCCUUUUUGCUGCUUGCCUCUGGUAUUCCUUCAGGACUGUCGUCUUACAAUACAGUGCCAGCUUUCCUCUGGUCACCCCAUUACCAUCAAGUCAAGGAAGCCAUUAAUUACCAGACUAUCUCUCCAAAGGAUUUGGCAAGGUCUGUGCUUUCAGAAGGGGGCUGGUCGGACUUGCUGUGUCCUAGCAAUGAAGUUCAUCAGCCUUUGGACCUUGCUCUUGUCUUUGUUGGUACAGAGUUGCAAUCUUCAGAUAUUUCUGCAAGGAAACAUGCUGAUCCAGCUCUUGUGGACUUGCUCAAAGUCUCUUUCACACAAUCAAAUUUCUCCAUGGCAUUCCCCUAUAUUUCUACAUCAGAGAAGGAUGCGAUGGAAAGUUCUGUAGUGUCAGGGAUGUCUGAGAUUUGCGGGCAGAAUUUCGGACUCAGUAAUGUUCGUUUCUUAGAAUCCUGCUCCAUGGAGGGCAAUGAUGUCCAAAAGCUUUCAGACCUGCAUUCGGUCCAUGAUUAUCUUGUUUCAAGGAUGGAGAAGAGAUCAGCUGGGGUAGCAGAUUUGGUGGUGCUCUGCCACAAAGGAUCUGAUUCUUCAAACGAACUAGAGCACCAACAUUCAGAGAGUAAAGUUUUCUCUGAGAUUAUUAGAUCUGUGGAUCAAUCUGGUGCAAAAUAUGCAGUUCUGUAUGUUUCAGACCCCAUUAAAUCAAUCCAAUAUCCUUCUCAUAGAGAGUUAGAAAGGUUUCUCGCAGAAAGUGCCUCAGGAAAUGCAUCAGCCAAUUCGACAGCCUGUGAUGAAGUUUGUCAGAUCAAAUCAUCACUUCUGGAGGGACUUCUAGUUGCACUUGUUCUGCUUAUAAUCUUAAUAUCAGGCAUCUGCUGUAUGAUGGGCAUUGACACUCCAACGAGAUUUGAGGCACCCCAAGAGUCUUAACUUACUGCACGUGCAUAAUUCUCAGAUCUGCUGUGGUGCUGGGUAUUGUUGGGUUUCACUGAUUUGAGCAUUACUCGAGCUCUUGUCAUAUAUAGUUGCUGGGGGUGGUUAUUGCCUUGUAAUAUUGCUUGGGGUUAUCCUAUAAUGGUGGUAAUAAUGCAAUAUUUGGUGAAGGUUGCAUGUCUAUUCUAGGUUAGUUUGUAGAAGAAUGUGUAUUUUCUUGGUAAUGUUUUGACUUGCAUAUGUAAUUGAAUAACUACUGAUAUUUUAAUUUCUAUAUUAUUUGUUAUGAUAGGGAAGAAAAACAGAAUAAUAUGCCAUUGCUUCAUAUUGCAAGAACUAAAGUUUCAUGAUG